CCAAUCAUCAACGUACUUAGUUAAUCACUAAUAUAAAUACCUUCCAACUAUUUCAAACAAUCAACGCAUAAACGGGCAACAUGUUGAAAAUUGCUAGCAUUGCUGUGGUUGCGCUCUGCUUGACUGGUGUCGUCUACUGCGUGGAUGAAGUAGACCAGCGCGGAGAUAAAUACGGCCCGAUCGGCCUUGGAAAGCGGGAUGCAGAUCAGGGCAACGGAGAUAGGUACGGCCACAUCGGCCUUGGAAAGCGGGAUGCAGAUCAGGGCAAUGGAGAUAGGUACGGCCACAUCGGCCUUGGAAAGCGGGAUGCCGAUCAGGGCAAUGGAGAUCGGUACGGCCACAUCGGUCUAGGAAAGCGGGAUGCCGAUCAGGGCAAUGGAGAUAGGUACGGCCACAUCGGCCUUGGAAAGCGGGAUGCCGAUCAGGGCAAUGGAGAUCGGUACGGCCACAUCGGCCUUGGAAAGCGGGAUGCCGAUCAGGGCGGAGGAGAUCGGUACGGCCACAUCGGCCUUGGAAAACGUGAAGCUGUUCAGGAUUGGGGUCAGUUGGGUACGAUGUGGGGAAAGCGAGAAGUUGAUCAAGGACUAGGAAAGCGUGAGGUUGAACAAAACGGAGAUGGAGAUCGAUACGGUUUCGGGUUGGGGAAGCGCUAAGUUCACUGGAAUGCAGUAAAUUUGACCCCAGAAACAUUAUGCCAACCACACUGACAAAUGGUUACCCAGGUACAUGUUUGAUAUUAUCGAUAGUCCACGAAGUACAGAUGUGAAACUUUAUAUGGAAAGUAAAUAAAUUCUAGUGGUUAUACAAACAAAA